GCGUUUGCCGCAGAUCCAGAGAGGGUUCGAAAUCAGCUGCACUUCGGUCUCCAGCAUAAGAAGGGGGUGCGGCCGCGGGUGGUCCCAGUGCAACAUUCAGCAGGAGUUGACAGGAAGAAGAAUAGAAAAGAGCAACCCACCAACAUGGCUGAAGAUCUCCCACAAGAACAGAUUGCCGUACUCAAGAAGGCCUUUGACGCUUUUGAUAGCGAAAAAAGUGGAAGCAUUUCCACAAACAUGGUGGAAGACAUUUUGAGGCUUAUGGGUCAACCGUUCAAUCGUACCAUUCUUGAAGAGAUGAUUGAAGAAGUAGAUGCUGAUAAAUCUGGAAGACUAGAGUUUGAAGAAUUUGUAACCCUUGCUGCCAAAUUUAUUAUUGAAGAAGAUGCAGAAGCAAUGGAGAAAGAACUUCGUGAAGCAUUUAGACUGUAUGAUAAGGAAGGUAAUGGUUAUAUACCCACUGCUUGUUUGCGUGAAAUUUUACAUGAGCUUGAUGACCAAUUGACAGAUGAAGAACUUGAUAUGAUGAUAGAAGAAAUUGAUUCUGAUGGUUCAGGAACAGUAGACUAUGAUGAAUUUAUGGAGAUGAUGACAGGAUGAUAUAUCUGCUGGUUCGUUUCAAUGCGAAAAAGACAAGAACCUUCUAAGAAAAGAGGGGGGGGGGGAGGAAUUCACAAGAAAUUGGUCUGAUGAGUUUUUGAUUUCACAUGUAAGCAAUUUGUAAUUUUUGAUAAAAUAAAGUGAAAUUACAAGUAUCAAGUUGUGAUUCUCAUUCAGUAAAUGCUGAGAAUAAUGGACAAAUUAAUUAUAAGCUAAAUAGAAAUUUAAAAGAAUGUGUUAAAUUUCCC